AUGCUUGAAAGCCCCGAGCUCCACGGAAAGAGUUUGGCCCAAGAAGAAUUCGCUUUUACGACUGGGAUGAUUGGUCGUAACCUGUCCAACUUUUCCGCCUGGCACCACCGAAGCCAGCUUAUUUUGAGAGUUGUCGCAGAGCAGAAUUGCAACGACGAGGCGCGAGCCGCUUUCCUCGGCCAGGAACUUGACACCGUGCGAGAGGGUCUGAACCUUGGGCCAGAAGAUCAAAGCCUGUGGUACUAUCACCAAUUUCUAAUCUCGCAAAUCGUCAAAGACGGUGAUCGACAUGCCAUCGCACCAGCUCUGACUGUGGCUGAGAGAGUUGCUUACAUGAAGCAUGAGAUAUACGAGAUUAAAGACUUACUUGAAGACUACAUGAAUGUCAAAUGGAUAUACCAGGCUCUUUUAGAGUACACUCUGUCUUUAAGGCGUCUGGAAAAACGCUCGAUAGGCGAUAGUGACGACGCUGGUAAUUUAAGAACCUGGCUGGAGAAGCUGGUAGCCCUCGAUCCUACACGCCGAGGUAGGUGGAACGACUUUGCUAGAGAGAUUGGAGAGAUGGGAUAG